AUGGAGUCAAAGGUGUCUGAUGUCUAUUCCGAUUCGUCUUGGAGCUGGCCGGUUGCGUGGCGGGACUUGUAUCCGGUUCUUUUUCAGCUCGAUGGUAUUUCUUUGCAGCCGAAUAAGGUGGAUAAAGUCUUGUUGCGUCAAGGUAAUCAAAAGCAUGUGUUCUCGUCGUCUAGAGUUUGGGAUUCGGUUCGGUUUCAUGCUGUGGAAGUGGAUUGGUGCCGUCUUGUGUGGUUUGGUCAGUGUAUUCCGCGUCAUGCGUUUCUUUUAUGGCUUAUCAUGAGAAGGAAACUGCUUACUCAAGAUAAGAUUUUGAGUUGGGAUUUAUCGCGUAGGAAAAAUAUGAAUAUGAUGUGCUGUUUGUUAUGCUAUGCUAAUCAUGACUCUCAUACCCAUUUGUUUUUUGAAUGCAAAUUCUCGUCUCAAGUGUGGCUGCUGGUUAGACAAAAAGCGGGUAUGGGUUCGGUGCAUGCUAAAUGGGAUGACAUUGUUAACUGGUUACUUGAUCGGUCCAAUUCAAAAUUGGCGUCGGUUUACGUUGCUAAACUGACAGUGGCUGCUACGGCCUAUUUCAUUUGGCAAGAGCGGAAUGCUAGAUUAUUUAGAAACCAGGUGAGGCCCCCGGAAUCAUUAAGUGAAACCAUUAUACAACAAGUGCGGUACAAGCUGAUUGGUGCAAAGUUGAAAAAGUGCGAAAAUGUUCGAAAGCUUUUAAGGGCUUGGGAUAUUGAAGCUUCAGAUGUGCACGAUGAUGGCGGCUGA